AUGUCCUGCAACACCCAAUGCCGUCCCUGCCAGCCCUGUGGCCCCACACCACUGGCCAACAGCUGCAAUGAGCCCUGUGUUCGCCAAUGCCAGGACUCCACCGUUGUCAUUGAGCCACCUGCUGUGCUGGUGACCCUGCCUGGUCCCAUCCUCAGCUCCUUCCCUCAGAACACCGUGGUGGGAUCCUCCACCUCUGCUGCUGUUGGCARCAUCCUCAGCUGUGGUGGAGUGCCCAUCAACUCUGGGGGCUUCGACCUGUCCUGCAUCACCAGGAGCUACGGUGGAAGGAGGGGCCUCCCCUGCUAA